UUUGUUCGCAAUGUUAUUUAUUGCCUUUGGCAGCCCUAAACUUCAAUGAAAAAAAAUUGAUUUCUCCAUUGUUAAAGUCGCAGGUGUUUCUUCAAAAAAAUAUAAAUAAUCGUGUUAUUUAAGUCUAAUCAGUGUUGUUAAAUUUGCAGUUUAUAAAAUGGGUGACGGCCAAAGUGAAAAUCAACCCCUAUUAGGGGAUGAGGAGGAGGUAAAUGUGGUGAGCACGAUAUCACCGAUCGGUCCCGACGAGCUCCCUCCGCCUUACCAGCAAGCUGGAAUGCCCUUGGUGACGUGCCGCGUGUGCCAGGCGUUAAUCGAUAUAUCCGGGAAGAGGGAGCAACACGUCGUGAAAUGCGUCGCGUGCAACGAAGCCACGCCUAUAAGGAACGCGCCACCAGGCAAAAAGUACGUGCGAUGCCCGUGCAAUUGCUUGCUGAUAUGCAAGUCGUCAUCGCAGCGCAUCGCGUGCCCGCGCGCCGACUGCAAGCGCAUCAUCAACCUGGCGCCGUCGCCCGUCACGCCGCCCGUGCCCACGCUGCCGGGCAUGUGCCGCGUCGUGUGCGCGCACUGCCAGGACACAUUCUUGUACCAGUUGCUGAAGAACGCGCCGGUGCGGUGUCCGCACUGCCGCAAGGUGUCGUCGGUGGGCCCGCGCAUGGCGCGCCUGCGCGGCGGCAUCUUCGCCGUGCUGGCGCUCGUCGUGCUGGCCGUCGCGCUCGGCGUCACCCUGGGCACGCUCGCCGCCGCCAGAAGCCACGGCACCGGCGUGUAUGUAGCCUACGUCGGCGCUUUCCUUCUCGCGCUCCUCCUUUUCAGUCGAGCCGUGUACUACUUCGCCAUGAAAGUCAGCACCAUCGAGGGCCCCAUGUAGAACUCGCACUGAGCGUGAUGAAUUUGUGAUAACCUAUGACUAGGAAUCUUUUAUAAGAAUUUGUUAAUUCCAUAUAUAGCAUUCUUACGUUGUAAUGAGUUUCGAGUCUUCAAAUUAUUCGUUAUCUAAAAUGCCAUUUGUACCGAUCGCUUGCGAGUAUUUAUUAAGGCUAUCUCUAGUUAAGCAUGAGGAAAAUUGGCUACUAUAAUUGAGAUUACCUAUUUAAAAUAUUGGUUGACAUUUUUAUGAUGACGAAAGUUUAGUUGUAGGGCAGGGUUGUUGUGUAAAUUAAUAGUAAUAUCUUGAUUUUGAUACAUAGUUAUAUAAAUAACGCAUAUAUCUAACUGUAAGUAUGUAAACUAUAUAAUCUUUGUGCUGAUUGAAGUGUCUCAUCUAUUUAAUUGUGCCUGCACAGUUUAUUAUAUUGGUCUAUAAUAAAUUGUAUUGUAACAUAAAACAAUGCCAUUCUUUACGUUAGUGAAUAAUUUUUAUUUCGGGUUUGGUGUAAAACUAUAAUACAGUUCAUACAAAUAAAGAUCUAAAUACCUUUUUUUAAAUCACUAUCAGGUGUGCAUUUCAUAACUCAACUUGGAAUUUUGAGAUCACAGCUACUACAGCUAGUUUAAUGUGUAUAAUCUCGCAAUAAAAAUUUAUAAUUGUAAUAUUUGAGUGUAACAUUUGUAUAUAUGUAACUUGUAGACUGAAUCAGCUUGUUUUUAUUUCAUUGGAGACAGAAAUGAAUUCUUCUGGAACCAGACCAGACUAGCUUUAAUUGGCGUACAUAGGUAAUUCGCGUUUAUGUCUAAUUUGCCCUUUUAUGGGAGCACUAGAAACCUACAAUUAUAGCCUAACCAUCAUGUCUCUUAUCAAGAGGCGAAGUAUUUAAAAUAUUAGGUCCGGAACCAUUCGUGUGGCUCUCACAGGGAACCAUUAUAACGGGUAUCAAAAACCACACGAAGACCAAACAUCAAAAAGAUUGAGACAGUCUGACGGGUCUAAAGCACUCGAAGCUCUAUAUGCAAGUAGUAGACUCCGGCUGGAGCAAAAAGCUAUGGGAAUUUAGCACAAGACAACUCCAAGUUAUACCAGGGGUAUUUACUGGCCAUUACGGGAUCAAAGCAGUUUUGGCUAAGAUGGGACAAUGACAACACCAACUGUCGAAUGUGUGGCGAAAAGGAAGAGACAGUAAAACACCUAAGGUAUGAAUGUCACGCCCAUCGCCAGACGAAGAAUGACUUGCCUAUCUGGAACCAAAGCAAUUCAAAAUGCUACCCAUGAGCUCCAUCAUCCGGCACAUGGAGAUAGUCGGAAAAGCUCUUGAGUAGUUGAUGGAUCUUUCCUAAGGGGGUAAUUACACAAAAGAUCCUUAUGGGUCGAAGUGUAUCCGCAAGGGCCCCAAGAUAACUAUAUAGCUACAUUAUUCCCGUUUUGUAGAAAUGUGAUGGUUACCGGAAGGAAAUUUUUUGAUUGUAGAAUAUGGCGUGUGCAACUAUGUGUCAGACUAUAAUACUGUAUUGUAAGGUGUUGUAAUACCCGUGAUCGAUUCACGUAUCAAGUAUAAUUUUAGCCGCAAAUAUACGCAAUGGAUUAAUCUAUCUCUCUUGUUUUAUCAGGCGUCUUGUCUCUCCACGCCUUACUGUUUUUCGUAGUAAGUAUAUGCUGCCUAUGUUGCAGCUAGAUUCAAGUAGAAUACUCACAAAUCUCAGAAUCCAAUGUAAUAGCUCAAUGAAAUUUAUAAUACCUAUGAGCGAAAUGGAGUAAUUUGUUGAGGAUUCCGCUGCCUAAUGAUUCAAAUAUGUCACGAACAUACAGUAUAAUCAAAGAUUUAUCGCUUGUAGGUAUAAGAUGUGUAAAGUUAAGCCAAAAUCGUGGUCCCGAAUUUGAUAGCAUAAAAUAUGUCGAUUUACGGCGCCAUUUUUUUUGUUAUACUGAAUAUGAUAUAUUACGCGAAACUCUGCGUUAAGAGCGCCACUAGCACAUACUGAGGGCCUACCGCGAAACACAAAUUGCUCUCUUGCAUAUUCGAGCGAUACAGAACCAGGUAACGAAAUUUAGAUUUUCGCGUUUCGCGAUAGGCUCUCUGUAAACAAACCGUCUUGAUACAUCAAUGUCAUAGUGAGAACUUCUCAAAAAUAGUUAAGGCAUAGUAUGUAUAAAUUGUAUAAUUGGUUUACAAUAUCUGCUAGUGCUGCCUCUGGUGGCAGAACAUUGCAGUAAUACCCCCUAUUGUUAAACGUAAACAUUUAACAACCAAAGUUGCCGCAUAAUAAUUAUUGUACGGAGGCGUACGGUGCCCUAUUCAGUAGCUGUCUAAUUCAAAGCACUAUUUCGUCUUAGACUUAACACAUCUAAUACAAUCAAUCGUUGGUAUAGCUUAUUAUGAUCCUUGUUAUAAAUAUUCAUAUAUUUACGGUGCUUAGCUUAAUGUGUUUACCUAAUAGUUAGCGCGAAGUAAAGUUAGUUCGUUUAUCAAAUUAGUUAUCGAUUAAUAGCUUUUAGUUUUAAAGAGUGCAAUAAGUAUAUAUACUAACCAAAUUAUUCAUUUUAUAAAUGUAACGAGAGUCACGGCAGGACCCGAUUUUAAUGGAGAGACAAGUUAGAUUCUCACGCCAUUCCAAUAAAGACUGUGGGCCACUGUUGUUUCAUAGUUCGUGUCAUCCACCAUGAGGCGCAGAUUAGUCCAAUCUAACCUUUAAUAACAUAUAUGACAAUACAAGUCAAAUCACGCGUCGUCGCGAAUGACACUAUCUAUAACAACGGAAGACAGCGCGACGUUCGUAGUAAGGAAAUUAAAUGCUACAACAGCGCACGACGGUUGAAAAAAUGUACACUUUCGAUAGGACAUUGUUACAGUCGUGAACGUAGCCAAUAUCAACCUUCGUUCAUUCCAGCAAGGUUCAUGAUGACGCGCCGCGCAUGAUAUAGGCGUGGUUUUCAUAGGGCUAGUAAUACAUCACAAUCUUGUUCUUAUUUUCUUAUAUCUCCACAACACUUGCUGUAAAAACGAUAUGCUGUGGCUGAUAUAAUCAUUGUAUUGGAGAUUUUCCUUGUUUUUUUUUUCAUAACCUAAGGCCCACACAAGGAAAAAAUCCAAAAUUUGUCAGUGAAAUUUGAAUCUACAGUGCAAGAAACAGAGUUGAUUGUGUUUUGUUUAAAAAUUGAACGGAACAAAACAAUUGCUACUCUUAUUAAAUGUCAUCGAACUUAAUAAGUCCUUAAUACCUAGGUAGGAACGUGAGCGGUAGAAGGAUAAAGAUAAUAGAUUAUUACUGGCCGGUACCGGUAAAUUUUCAGCGUUGGAAGGGCUAUGAUAUUGGCUUUAUAUCUGUUACUAGCAGGUGCGCAAAAAUCACUUUGAGCAAUAUUGCUAGCACCAUUUUUCCCUGUGCUAUUCAUAGGCCAUAGCAACACAGAUAAUAACUAAUGAGUAGGAAGUAAUAAUUCUAAUUCAUAAUCAUAAUAUUUUUUGAUAACCACCUACUCCAAAAACGAGUACUAAUAUAGAAAAGCUAGCUGUUUUAUAAUUAAUGAAUUUGACUAUUAAUUAGUUGAUUGUCAAUAUUUAACAUUCUGUACAUUUAUUUAAACCUGCAUAAAUAUUAUAUGUUACUUGUAUUCAACAUUUGAUAUUAUUUGUAGGAACAUAUAUACAAAUUUAGUUCAGUAAACGAUUUUCCAUGGACAGCUAAGAGAAUCGAAAACAAUUUUACAUUUAAAUAUUUUUCUUUUCUUGGCUGGCAAAUUAAGACCCUAGAGUUGAGGGGUUAAGAUAGCAUUCUACUUGGCUUUGUAAUGACAAAAGUUUAUUUGGCUUGUCGUAAAAUACUUUGUAACUGGUAGUAACCCAAACCCAACCCAAAAUUUGGGUGUAGUAAAUAUACUCGGAAAAUACUCAAGAUUAUAGUAAUAUUUAUUUUAUUUCAUUUAUAGUUACUAUGUCGAGUCUUUGCGAAAAGAGAAGAGUCGUGGAAUAUAUUGGGCCCCAUAUAUUCCACGACUUUUCUCUUUCCGAACAGACUAUAACGUGAGCCAAGUAACUAAGUAUUUUCUCCUCGUACUAUGAAUCAAUUUCACUUUUUAUUAUCAAUGUAAAUACUAUGCGUCGGAGUUCCCAUGCCAUUGUCUCAUUUUUUUGUGAUAAAACAGAAUGCACUCUUAAAGUAUGUCCGGUUAAAUCGGUUACUGAACUUAAAAUACUUACAUAUAUUAGAAUUAUUAAUAUUUUCAUAAAACGCUAGAGCUAUACAUGUAUUUGUAGUUAUAAGCCAAAUAAAUGGUAAUGAUAAAUGG